AUGCCCUCAGCCAUUCGACCAGCCAUGCCUCGCCAAUUGAGUACCACGUCCGGAGACUACGAUCUUUCCUACACGCCCGAUGUCCGCAGGAGCCUGGGCACAUACGGACUCACACCGCCGGCGGUGGAGAGUUACGACACCCAGACCGACCGAUGCCUUAAACUCCUGGCUAUGAAGUCGGCGCCCAUUGAGAAGUUCCAGUACCUCACCCACCUCAAGGCCACCAACCCACAUCUCUUCUACAGGCUGCUGUCAGAGAACAUCAAGGAAAUCACUCCCCUCAUCUACACCCCCACCGUCGGCGAGGCCUGCGUACGAUGGCACGAGAUCUGGACACAACCCGAGGGCAUGUACCUCUCGUGGAGCGACCGAGGCAACCUCCGCAGGAUCCUCGACAACUGGCCUCACGAGGUUGACAUCACUGUCCUCACAGAUGGUUCCCGUAUCCUGGGUCUCGGUGAUCUUGGUGUGAACGGCAUGGGUAUUCCUGUCGGCAAGUUGGCUCUGUACACUGCCUGCGCUGGUAUCAAGCCGGACAGCACCCUGCCCCUCACCCUUGAUUUGGGAACUAGCAACGAGAAACUCCGCAACGACCCUCUGUACAUGGGUUCAAGGAUGCCCAAGGUCACCGCUGCCCAGGAGAAGGAGUUCCUCGACGAGCUCAUGGCCGCCCUUACCGACAAAUGGCCAAGCAUUGUCAUCCAAUUCGAGGAUUUCAAGAACCCCUUCCCCGCCCUAGAGCGCUACCAGAACCAGUACGCCAUGUUCAACGACGACGUCCAGGGAACUGGUGCCGUCAUUGUCGGUGGCUUCAUCAACGCCAUCAGGGCGUCUGGUGUCCCGGCCAAGGACCACAGGGCUAUUUUCCUUGGUGCUGGUAGUGCCGGUGUUGGUGUUGCCAAGCAGAUUGUCGAAUACUUCAUCAAGGAGGGUUUGACAGAGGAUGAGGCCCGCCACAAGUUCUGGUUCGUCGACUCCAACGGUCUCGUCACACUUGACCGUGGCGACAGGCUGGCUGAGCACAAGGUCUACUUUGCCCGUGACGAUAACCAGGGCCGCCAGUACCAGUCGCUCGCCCGUAUUAUCGACUACGUUCAGCCUACCAUUCUCAUGGGUCUGUCAACCAUUGGUGGCGCUUUCAACUCUGACAUUCUCACCCGCAUGGCCAAGCUGAACAACCGACCCAUCAUCUUCCCCCUCUCCAACCCCUCCAGCAAAUCCGAGUGCACAUUCGAGGAGGCUGUCAUCGCUACCGAGGGCCGCUGCCUGUUCGCUUCCGGUUCUCCCUUCCCGUCACUGGAGUGGGAGGGCAAGCUGCUUACCCCCGGUCAGGGAAACAACAUGUAUGUGUUCCCUGGUAUCGGCCUCGGUGCCAUCGUCUGCAAAGCUGUGUCCAUCACUCAAGACAUGAUCUACGCCUCCGCCGAAUCACUAUCAACCUCUCUGAACAAGCAGGAGGUUGCCGAUGGCUGGCUAUACCCCGACAUCCGCCGUAUCCGCGAGGUCUCCGUCGUUGUGACCCGUGGUGUCAUCCGUGCGGCCCAGAAGAACGGUGUUGACCGUGCCGUUGAGCUACGAGGCCUCACAGAUGCUCAACUUGAUGCCCACAUCAAGAAGAGCAUGUACGACCCCUACACUGAGGGUCAGUACUUUGACAAGAAGCUCGUUCACUUGAACGGCAAGCCCAACGGCCACUCCUCCAACAUCAGCGAGCACUCUCAGUUGUAGUUAUUCUUCUCUUCCACACGUCCUCGGCGUCUGAACAGAGAUACCGAGGAUAUUCAUUUUCCCCUUUUCAAUCAUCACGUCAUUUAGAUUCAGCAACGGACCAAAAGAUUUUCUUUCUGUGGGAGGACUGGAUGGUUGCGAUACCCUACUACACUACCGCUCCUCACAUGACACUUGUAGUACCUACGGCUGACCUCCAAACAUGGUGCAACUGGGCGUACCUUUUUACCUGUUAGGGUUUGACAAUUCAAUUUGUUAUAGA